AUGGCGGUGGCCCAUCUGCCCUCUCCCGGCCUCCGCCUGGGGACAAACCCGCGGUGCCCCAGCCGGCCCCUCGAACGCCGGUCGAGGAAGGGCAGGGCGGCCUCGUCCAGCCGCGCUGCUGUUCAGCCGCGGCCGAGCCCCCGGUGCUGGGCUGAACCGAGCCCCGUGCCCACGUUCUCCUCCAGGAGCCAGGGCGAGCAGACGGGGCCGCUUCGGCCGCUCUCGGGGGUGCGUGGGGAGGAACCUGACUGCGGCCCCGCUGCCUCCUCGUCCGGGCAGGGUCUUUGCGAGGCUGCCGUGCACACGCGCGCGGCCCCCUUCGGAGGUCACUCCGCCGGCGACUUCGACGACGGGUUCCUGCGAAGGAAGCAGCGCCGCAACCGCACCACCUUCACCUUGCAGCAGCUCGAGGCCCUGGAAGCCGUUUUUGCUCAAACCCACUACCCCGAUGUGUUCACCCGGGAGGAGCUGGCUCUGAAAAUCAACCUCACGGAGGCCAGGGUGCAGGUGUGGUUUCAAAAUCGAAGAGCUAAAUGGAGAAAAACAGAGAGGGGUGCUUCUGACCAAGAGGGCUCUAAGGAAACCAUGGCUGAGGUGGCACCUCCUGCGAGGAAUUUAAAUUCCCCUUCUCCAGCCGAUCAAACCAGGAAUAAAAAAGAGGGUCUGGAGAUCCAGCAGAGCCUGAGCCGAGCAGUGGGCCCUACGGGACCUUUCUUCCCUUCCUGCCUGCCGGGGACUCUUCUCAACACAGCCACCUACGCACAAGCUUUAUCCCAUGUCGCCUCUCUAAAAGGGAGCCCGCUGUGCUCGUGCUGCGUUCCAGACCCCAUGGGCCUCUCCUUCCUGCCCACCUACGGCUGCCAAAGCAACCGCACCGCCAGCGUGGCCGCGCUGCGCAUGAAGGCGCGCGAGCACUCGGAGGCUGUGCUCCAGUCCGCCAACCUCCUGCCUGCCGCCAGCAGCAGCCCCACUCCUCCUGCCAAACCCGGCCCUGAGGGCAGCCAGGACAAGCAGCCCUCUCCAGCCAAGGAGCAUAUGGAAGGGGAGAAGAGUGUAUGAGACCGGAGUGGUGCUGGUCCCUCGGCUCAGGGCAGUGCUCCACCGCCAGCACUCUGCCAUGGGGUGAACUGCAGUGUGGCUGUGCCCAGUGGGAUGUCAUGGGGCCACCAGGGACCCGGCACAGCUGAGUGGCCUCUUUGGCUGCCUUUCACGCACCCUUGCUUUUCUUGUGUCGCUGUAGGUUCAUUUCCUUCAUUUAUCGGCACUAUCUGUGUUUGGAAACAUUCGUGAAACUGUUUUUAUUCUCCCCCCCCCAUACAUCCCAGGGACACUGAAAGGCCCAGGAUCCUGGCACAUCUCGACUUUCCAUCCUAUGUGAAAUGGAUGUCUGGAAGCAGCACAUCACCUCCAGCUGUGAGUUCUGGGGCAAGAGAUGCACCCAGGCACCAGUUACUCCACUGCUCACAACAGAGGGGAAGGAAUAUCCAGGUAUAUCUCAAUUUGGCCUGCUGUUUUCUGAAGGCAUUUGACUUCAACCAAACCUAUCCCAGGCAAUCCAGGUGUAAGAGAAACAGGAAAUAGAGCGAAACUUUUCCUUCUGUCUUCUUUUCUCUGAAAGUGAAACUUCCCACGGAGCAGAUUACUGGGAAAUUGCUGAGAUCAGUUUACUUGUGACUAAAAUCCUUGCACUAGCCUCUGUGUGAACAUUAGUGUAUUACUCUUGCCGUUCCCUGGCUUAGACGUGAAAGACGCAUGACUUCAGAGUGGCAUUCACAGCUUCAAACAGCAAUGCUGGUAUUUAAUGGAGAGUGCAAUUGUCUCUAGAUCUGCACAGAGCUGGGGGUAUUUUGACAUCACUGUCCUGGAAAAAGACUGGAAGUAAAAAAUAAUCCUUCAUUGCUAGACUGCAAAUACAUUUUUCCAUGUUUUGUUUUUACUAAAGAGGAAAUAAAGCUUGGAAGGAUAUUCCUUUAUGCCAUCCAAAUUCAGACUAUUCAAUUUACCGAACGCUUGUUGUAAUGGAUCUAGAUAUGAAAAGAUAUUAAUUAUUAUAGAUUGGGAACAGUGCAAAGGAGAAAUUGAUGCUGUAGUAAUUAUAGCCUUAUCUCUCACCCAAACCUCCUGAAAGCAAAGCAGACUAAGAUCUGAAGAGCAGUCAUUUUAAUCUGGGGUGUCUCUCAUUUUUUUCCAUAGGAACUGCACAUAUGGAUUUGAACUUAGUGACUUGGACUUGCAUUUUUCAGGUGCCAUUUGCAGACUGCUUAGGGGGGUCCACAGGUAUCCCUGGAGUGCAGGCUGAAAACACUUCUCCAAGACUUUAAUCAAGUAACAUGGAGGCUAGUGGAAGGAUUUCUGUCACCUCUGAUCCUGCACAUUGUGCUUCGGACCUCCUGGAAUGUGCUGAGCACAUGCUUUUACACGGGGUUUUGUUUAGCUAUUCACAGGAUCCAAGUUUGGGGAUGUGCUUGGAAAGGCAGUCCUGAGUAAGGCUGGCAGCAGA